GAGUGUGCGCAGACUGUGUCCUUAGAAGGUGAUGGAAAGAGGGAGGUGUUUUAUUUUGGCUCUCUGUGCCGUUCAUUGGAUUUAAGCGCUGCUAAGCAGGUGCACCGGAUUCUGAGAAGGAGGAAAAAAAUAUCAGCUUCUUACCGGGUUAUUAUUUGAAAUUCGAUCCUUAACUGUCGAGGAAAACACAUGCAAUCAAAAACGAUGGAGUCCUGCUGUCCGCACUGAGCUUCCUUUGCUCCAGUCUUUUUGAUGGCGCUCGUUCAUGAACCCCAUGCCUCCUCCCCCACCCUGUCUGGCUUCAACACACCCAUUUCUGACCCACCGUCUUUUCGCCGGCUCGAUGCCGAGACCCCCUGUACCCCAGAAAUGGACCUCACCCCGACCCAGUGUGUACUCCGGAACGUCCUAUCCAUAGACACGGGGGGUGCCAUAGAGCCUGGAGGAGGACAGGGGAAGACCCUAGGGCACAACCAGACACCUGGCGAGGAACAGCAGGAGCACUUUGCCAACAGUGUUUUGAAACUACAAGAGCAUGACGGGAGCAGUGGGAGGAAUGAGGGAGAGGGGCAAGAGCCGGACAGCUCUGUGGUCAGGAGCCAGGUGGACAACGCCAGGUUGCAAUGCCAAUCCACCGGAGGGGGAGGAGGGUUUUUGGAGGGGUUGUUUGGGUGUCUUCGGCCUGUCUGGACUAUGAUUGGCAAAGCUUACUCUACAGAGCACAAACACGACCUGGACGAGGAGUGGGAAGUUCCUUUUGAGGAGAUUUCUGACCUACAGUGGGUGGGCAGCGGAGCCCAAGGUGCUGUCUUUCUAGGCAAACUUCACGGGCAAGAAGUUGCUGUGAAAAAAGUGCGAAACAUAAAAGAGACUGAUAUCAAGCACCUGCGGAAGUUAAAGCAUCCCAACAUCAUCACUUUCAAAGGUAUUUGUACUCAGGCUCCUUGCUACUGCAUCAUCAUGGAGUACUGUGCUCAGGGACAGCUGUAUGAAGUCCUGCGAGCGGGCAGGAAGAUCACACCCUCCCUGCUCAUGGACUGGGCCAUGGGCAUCGCCGGGGGCAUGAACUACCUUCAUCUGCAUAAGAUCAUCCACAGAGACCUCAAGUCACCCAACAUGCUCAUCACCUAUGAUGACGCAGUGAAGAUCUCUGAUUUUGGAACAUCCAAGGAGCUUAAUGACAAAAGCACCAAGAUGUCUUUUGCUGGAACUGUGGCCUGGAUGGCUCCUGAGGUCAUCCGCAAUGAACCCGUUUCAGAGAAGGUGGAUAUUUGGUCAUUUGGUGUUGUGCUGUGGGAGAUGCUGACGGGGGAGGUGCCCUACAAGGACGUGGACUCCUCCGCUAUCAUCUGGGGAGUGGGAAACAACAGCCUGCAGCUGCCGGUGCCUGAUAGCUGUCCGGACAGCUUCAAGCUGCUCCUGAGGCAAUGCUGGAACUGCAAGCCAAGAAACAGGCCAUCAUUUCGACAGAUCCUCCUACAUCUUGAUAUUGCCUCUGCAGAUAUACUGUCUACUCCACAAGAAACUUACUUUCAAUCUCAGGCGGAAUGGAGGGACGAGGUGCGACAUAACUUUGAGAAGAUAAAGUCUGAGGGGACAUGUCUUCACAGGCUAGACGAGGAGCUCAUCAAACGUCGAAGAGAAGAACUCAGACAUGCUCUGGACAUUCGGGAGCACUAUGAGAGGAAACUGGAGCGAGCCAAUAAUCUCUACAUGGAGCUCAAUGCUAUCAUGCUGCAGCUGGAGAUCAAAGAAAAGGAGCUGCUCAAGAGGGAGCAGUCUCUGGACAAGAAGUAUCCCAGCUGCUUUAAGCACCACAGCUCCAGACAGUCAGCCUCCUCCAACUCCAUGGAGAAGCUCAUGAAGAAACGCAAUGUACCGCAGAAACUGAAUUCACACAGCAAGAGACCAGACUUACUGAAGUCUGAGGUCAUCUUACCCAAACUGGACUCAUCCAUGACCCAGGUCACCAUACCCAACAAAGGCUCCACUUCCCCUGGCCGCUCUCGCCGAGGAAAGCCUCGAUACAGAAAGGCUGGUAAAGGCAGCAGCAGCGACUUGGCUCAACUGAAGGCCACUCUGUCCUCGUCUUUAGCCAUGAUUAAUGCCACCGCAUCUAUGCCUAGUAGCAAGCAUCGUCUGGACCCCACUGCGGCAAUCAGGGGUCUCCAGCAUGACCUGCUGCUUAAGAAGAUGUCCUCCUCCAGCCCCGAUCUCAUUUCAACCACCCUGGAGGCAGAGUGCCGGAGAAAGGGGCAGCUGAGGCCUGGCUUAGACAGAGCGGGCAGUCAGAGUGCCUCAGCUGGUUUAGAAGACAGCGGAGAGACAGAGGGGCCAAGGGAAGGGCAGAACACUGGUGUGGGGGGUGAUGACCUGGUGGAGACACCCCCACGCAGCAACACCCCCAGCGAAGACGCAGCAUCCAUUCCGUUCUCCAGCAGCCCCGAUUCACCUUGUGGAAGAGGGGCAGCUGCAGGGAGGUCAUCUGUACUGGGGAACUCCCGGGUCUCCCAUGAAGGAGAGGAAAAGGAGGAAGGGACAGUGAUCACACGCUCACCCAGAAGUCAGCGCCGCCUCACGCCAGCAGCGCUACUGUACAGAGCGGCUGUCACACGCAGUCAGAGACGUGGACUGUCUUCAGAGGAAGAGGAGGGAGAAGUGGACAGUGAGGUUGAGCUGCCCAGGAGAAGGCGGCCAGUCAGCAUCUCCAAAUGUCAGUCGCUGUCAAACUUUAGUUUAGAAAACUUAUCGGUUUCAGACGGCGAGGAGGGAAACACCACAGACCAUUCCCACAGUGGCACGCCUGAUGUAGUCAGCACCAACACAGACGAGCGUCUGGAUGACAAAAGCGACGAUUUGCUCUCUCAGGGCUCAGAAAUCCCAGCCGACCCCUGUGAUCCGAGCCAGCUGGGCUCUGAUGGGCUGUCAGAAAGGGAAGCUGAAGUACGACAAGUGAAGACGCAGCUCGCUUUGAGUGAACAUAACUACGAGCAGGGCCUGUACGAUGACUCCGACUGUGACAGUGCAGAGCUGGACCAUUCAUGCAGCGCAGAGCCCAGCCAGCCUCCAACUAACUGGUGAAGAACAACAGGCCUAAACCCACAAGAUCUGUACAUCUGGCCUCUGCAUUCUUCUUUGACUCGGUCAGACAAUAAUAAACCCACAAAGAAACACAGUGGAGAAUUGAAGAAGAAAGGAAACAAAGACUUUCUCAUAAAAACUCAAUUACAGAUUACACAGAUGUGAAACUAAAGGAUAAACUCCUCUAACAGACAACAGACAAAGCAAUGACUGUCCGUUCAUGUCUCCAGUCAUCUUCCAUGCUGAUUUUUUUUAAAUUAAUUUCUGUAUUUUAUACUAUCCAGUGAAAAUGUUAUUGAAGAUUCUUUAUAAGUGUGAACUACACUUAUAUCUCAAACUCUACUGUCAUUAUCUAUUUCUUUUAAACAUUAUGCACUUAUUUAUUUUACUGUGAACUGAAUGAAAAAAUGUUUACAUUUUACGUUAUUUGUUAUCAUUUAUUACCGUCGUUUUUGAUCAAAUUGUUUCCAUUGUCACUGUUAAUAUAAGAUGUAAAAUGAAAUUUUUUUAUAGAGAUUGUAUAAUUGAAGGUGCUGAAGUUUCUCAGCAGGGGGCGCUAUUAUAUAAAGACCUCAUAAAGCUUUUACUGGUAGAAUGUAACUUUACCUGCUGUUUAUGUCUGAUCAAAAGAAAUAGUUAUGCAGUAUUGAAGUAUUUUGCAGAAAUAAUGUCAUUUUUUGGGGGAGAAUUUGAAGGUUUGUAAUUCAAAAAGCAUGCUUGUCAUUUUAAAAAGUAUGCAUAUUUAAGAUGUUGGAUAUUUCAGUGUAGUGAAUAUAAUUUCCGUUACUAAUAAAGCCAACCCUGGUAUGAAGAACAUGUUGAUAGAAAAAAAGUCUACAUGUAGUGGUGUAUCUCAAUAACUUGGAAAACAUCUGAAAGGUUAUACAUUUUAGUAACUCAAAAAGUGAAACUUAUGUCUUUGAUUUAUUACACACAGACCCGUAUAUAUUUUUUUUAAUGAUUCUAACCCAAAACUCAGGUGUUUGGAAAGGUUAAUUAAAUAACAUUUUAAAAUAGGCCAUAUAUUUGUCUAGGACUCCCUUUGAAUUAAUGUUAUCUCCAAUCUAAUUAGAUUUUAGGGCGAUUAGGAAGUGGCUCUGCUGAGGUAAAA